ACCUGAGGUUCAACUUCCAUUAAUUGAGUUCGGGGCACGACUAUCUCUGCCUAUUAAAUCUCGAUGAAUCUGCUCGUGAUUACUUCGCGCUGAUCUGACGUCGCACUGCUUGAGCGAACUGCGACAUUGAGUCGAAGUUUCUUCCAACGCCAAAUCAUUGAAGCAACUGCUUCCUAAUACACACCAAGGCAUACCGAACACCAUUUCCAGCAGUCGACGAUUCGCGAGCUGUAUCGCCACCGUUGUGUCGCUGUAGACGGACACUACACUGCCCUUAGCUGCAAUCACUUCUGCAAGUACCAGCUGAUUGGCUUCGUAACAACCAAAGUCCAUGGAGCCUCAACCAACGACAUCGACCGGUCCUGGGGAUGCUACCCCUCAGUCUCGGGACCCUCGCUCAGGCAGCGCAGGCAGUCUAAGCUCUUCAGCGUCAACAAGCGCAGCUCCACAGAGAUCGCCCUCGGUUUCGAGUAUCAAUCGUUCUGCCCAUCGACAGAGCUUCGCUGAAAACCUACGCAACAUUCCCCCGUCUCCAAGGCAACGACACCCCUCGUUGACGCAAGCUGCAGUUCAAGACCUUCUCAACAAUCCUCCGGUUGCGAAUAGGCACUUACACUCAAAAUUUGCCAACCGCGAAUGGCGUGACAUUACUGUUGGGGAGCUGGUCUCUCCUGCUGACGUGCGAUGGGCCGAAAUGGACACUACUGUUGAGGAAGCUACCAUGUUGCUUUUGAAGAGUCGCCCGACCGUCGUUCUGAUUCGCGAGAACGCCCAAUCCAGCGCCGCCGUCUCGACAUUCGAUUUCAAGGAUCUCAAUGCCUAUCUGCUAGUUGUGGUUGGACUGGCGAAGCCCGAGGAAGAUCAAAUCGAGGCUUCGAACAACGUCGCUGAAAAGGCACAGAAAGGAGAAUCCAUCACCUUGAGGGAGAUCCAACCGUUGUGCCGCAAAGAGGCACUGGUGACGCUGCCGUCGCUGAGCAACCUCGCUCAAGCCAUGGAAGUGCUCGGAAGCGGAGUCCACCGACUAUUAGUGACAAAUGAAGCAGAGGAAGCAGUCGGUAUAAUGAGUCAAUUACGCCUCGUCGAGUUCUUUUGGAACGAAGGCGUCAACUUUGCUUCCAUCGAUCAACUUUACCCGCUGAGUCUUAAGGAUCUGAGCAUAGGGACAAAAGACACGAUAUCCGUGAGCUGUGAUGCUCCGCUUUCCGAGGCCUUGACAAAGAUGAAUGAGGAAGGGCUGACAAGCAUCGCCGUCGUGGAUAACGGACACAAUGUGGUUGGCAACAUAUCGACACGCGACGUGCGACACCUUACCAACUCGUCGAGUGCGCAUCUGCUAUCCGAUUCUUGCAUUCAUUUCAUCUCCGUCAUCUUGAAUGAAAGGGGCGUGGAAAACGGGAAGGAUGCUUUCCCAGUCUUCUACGUCAACCCCUACUCAACACUGGCCCAUACGGUAGCCAAACUGGUAGCGACCAGAUCCCACAGGAUGUGGAUUGUCGAAUCGGCAUCACCGUCGUCUACAGCUCCCCCUACACCCUUGGCAGGCCCAGGUAGUUUCCCGGGAUCACAAUCGACGGGAUCUGCCGCCGCCGCGCCGUCUUCGCCACAGCCUCCAUCUGCAGUUCCUGCCUCGACCAUGUUGGGUUCGCGCAUGUCAGGCACUCUAACGGGGGUAGUUUCGCUUACAGACAUUCUCAAUUGCUUCGCCAAGUCGACAGGACUACACCCCACGGAUCCUGGGGCCCAGCGGGCGAGGCGGCGUAAAAGUUCCAGCAGCUCUAUGAGGGCAAGUAUUGAUUCUAUGCGAGCUGGGAGUGUGGAUCUGAGGAGGUAACCGGAUUCGGCUACGGGGCGAGCAAAGCCUUGAUUUGAUAUAGUAUUGCUUAUGCUGUGGACUAAGUCUAAUGCGAUUAGGUAGUGUUUCCAGCCUUAGGAUGCCCAACUAACAUGCGUUGCGUAGCACACGAUUGCCACCAACCUACGAGUUUACUCUCUUGCUUCUCGCGUCGUGAAAGUGUGGUCCCGUGGAGGAUGACGUUAGUACUGUUACUGUCCUUGUACAAGUAGUCCGUACGGAUAGUCAAAUGCCCUUUGCCUUAAUCUGGAAUUUGGACUAGGGAAAACUACCCCACAAUUGUGGCGCGGCACGGUAAGGCACCUGGUCUGGUAGGCUUCGAUCGACUUCAGGGUCUUCCCAGCC